CCCGUCUGUACUUCCGUCGAGUUUCCCUUCUUCAAAUCAUGACAAGAUAAAUCGACCAUGGCCCUCAACAGACCUCGGUUUGAGUUCGUCCGACAUCUGCACGUCGGGUCGCUGACCUGCAGCAGGGUGAACUGGACCUGCGUCAUGAUGAUUCCUUGUCGUCGAGAUACCCCGCAGCCCAAUCUAAAUUUUCCCCAGCGAAUCCAUAACGCCGGAUUGUUUGCUGAGCGGGGUCAAAGUUACCUUCCCAGUGGGAGAAUUGGACGAGUCUCAUUCAGUGAGAAGGGCCGACGGAAUAAUUUAGUCCCCGUCCGGGAGGAGCCAAGGUUAGUGCGGCUCCCAGACAUGAGGUGAAGUAUAUCCAGCAGACUUUCCCUGCUUUUUGAUGUACUCUGCUCGAUUUGUUUACUUGGUAUGCGCAAGGGCAUUGCUCUGUCUUAGCGUAAUGAACUUCUAUACUGUUUUUGCCUUCUGCAUAUGGGCGGUGGGAGUGGCACAGGCGCAAGUGCAAUGGCCACUCCAUAACGAUAAUCUUACGACUGUUGUAGAGUGGGAUCACUACAGCUAUAUUAUCAAUGGCCAACGACUUUUCAUCUGGUCAGGGGAGAUGCAUUACUGGAGAGCUCCUGUGCCAGAGAUGUGGAUAGAUAUCCUCCAAAAAGUCAAAGCAGCCGGCUUCAAUACCGUGAGCUUCUACGGGAAUUGGGGAUACCACAGUGCCAAAAAUGGCUCCCUUGAUUUUGAUUCUGGUGCACAUAAUUUCACCAAGCUAUUCGAACUCACUAAACAGAUCGGCCUCUACGUCUUAUUUCGCCCUGGGCCUUAUGUGAACGCAGAAGCUACUGCAGGGGGUUUCCCAGGAUGGGUCACAACUGGAGCUUACGGAUCUCUGCGGAACAACGACACGAGAUACACUGAUGCUUGGACACCAUAUUUUCAAAAAAUUUCACAAGUCGUUUCUCAGCAUCAGGUGACGAACGGAGGCAGCGUCUUCAUUUAUCAGAUCGAAAACGAGUAUGGUGAUCAAUGGGAGAAUGUAGCCGCGAAAGUUCCUGACCCAGAAGCUAUUCAGUACAUGGAGUUGCUCGAGAAAUGCGCAAGGGAUGCGGGUAUCAAUGUUCCUUUAACUCACAACAACCCAAACAUGAACACCAAAUCUUGGUCAAAAGACUACGACACUGUUGGGGCAGGAGGUGAUGUUGAUAUCUAUGGCUUGGAUCAUUAUCCAUCUUGUUGGUCCUGCAAUACCGCCGAAUGUACUGGGACGAAUGGCAACGUACCGGAGUUCACAGUCUACGAGUACUUCACAAAUUUUCUUCAAGUCUCUCCUACUCAGCCGUCUUUCUUGGCAGAAUUUCAGGGCGGAUCAUAUAAUCCUUGGGGAGGCCCAGAAGGAGGUUGUGUAAAUACUACUGGCCCUGACUGGGUUAAUGUGUUCUACAGACACAAUGUCGGUCAGAAGGUCACUGCAAUGAACGUGUAUAUGUUAUUUGGGGGAACAAGCUGGGGUGGACUACCAAUGCCGACUGUAGCAACAAGUUACGAUUACAGCGCACCAAUCAGCGAGUCCAGAGCCAUUGGCGACAAAUACCACGAAACAAAACUCUUUGCGCAGUUCCUCAGAGUAGCUAGAGACUUGACUAAAGUUGACCUGAUCAAUAAUGGAACUGGAUACGCUUCUACUCCAGAGAUCUUCACGAACGAGCUUCGCAAUCCGGAUACGAAUGCAAGAUUUUAUGUCACAAUCCACACUUCAUCACCAUCGACGAACCUCACAGCAUUCCAGCUCAAGAUCUCGACGUCAUCGGGCAAUUUCACGAUUCCACAAUACAAUCAACUCGUGCUAAAUGGACGGGAAUCGAAGAUUAUUGUCACAGACUUCACAGUUGGCAAGGAGAAGCUGGUCUACUCGACUGCUGAAAUUAUGACUGUUUCCACACAGGACGAGAAACCUCUGGUCUUUCUCUGGCUUCCAGAGGGAGAAGAUGGAGAGUUUAUUCUGACCGGUGUCCAAUCUGCAACCGUUCUUAAAGACGAUGGAUGUGCCAACUUGAAGACAACUCAGCGCAAUGGGGGCCUCGUCGUCUCUUACACCCAGGCCACAGGAACUUGUGUUUUGAAAUUCGAUAAUGGUUAUAGAUUUGCGCUGCUUGAUAGAUCAACGGCUUAUUAUACUUGGGUGCCAUCAACAUCAGCGGAUCCAUACACUCCCGAAAAUUCAACAGUGGUCGUUCAAGGACCAUACCUCGUCCGCUCCGCAAGCAACUCCGAGAGCGCUCUCGAGCUUACGGGAGACAUUUCUAACAUGACAGAGCUCGAAGUCUAUGCCCCCUCUUCCGUAUCUCACAUUACUUUUAAUGGCGAGAACAUUCAAGUCUCGAGGACAUCACAUGGAAGCCUAGUUGGCAAGCUCAAUGAGUGCGCGGAGACUACUGCAUCAAUCCAGGCUAAGCUGCCCGCUCUCGCCAGCUGGAAAGUCAACGACGGCCUGCCCGAACGUAUGGCUGAAUACGAUGAUUCAAAAUGGACGAUCGCGAAUCACAGCAGCACACCCAACCCUUCUCCUCCGGCCACAUACCCUGUACUAUAUGCAGAUGAAUAUGGAUACCAUACUGGUAACCUUCUCUGGCGCGGAAGAUUUCCAGGCUCGACUGCAACGGGCGUCCACUUGGAAGUGAUAGGAGGGACAUCAAGCGGAUGGUCAGCAUAUUUGAACGGUAUCUACAUUGGCUCAUGGCUCGGCUCAACAUCGGUAACGAAAGGCUCCUUGAGCCUGUCAUUCUCAAAUGCUACCAUAAACUCCGCCACCGAAAACGUGCUCCUGGUAAUCCAGGACCACAUGGGUAAAGACGAAACAAGUGGCGCAGUCAAUCCUCGUGGGAUCUACAAUGCUACUCUCCUCGGCAAUUCUGGCCUAAAUUUUACAUCCUGGAAACUAGCCGGUAAUGCGGGUGGAGAGUCAAAUAUCGACCCUAUUCGCGGAGUUUAUGCCGAAGGAGGAUUGCAUGGUGAGAGGAUGGGCUGGCAUUUACCAGGAUUCGAUGACAGCGCUUGGAACUCCUCAACUCCGGAGACGGGAUUGACCAAAGCUGGGGCGAAAUGGUAUCGAACUGUUGUACCCCUGGACAUUCCCAGAGGUGUGGAUGUAAGCCUCGGGUUUUUAUUGGGAAGUCCGACGGAGGAGAAGGUUAGAGCGCAAUUGUAUGUCAAUGGGUAUAUGUUUGGCAAAUACGUGCCCUAUAUUGGGAAUCAGGUUGUUUUUCCUGUCUUCCCCGGGAUCCUCGAUUAUCACGGACAAAAUACAAUCGCACUGAGUAUCUGGGCUCAAGAUGCUGCUGGAGGAAGUGUGUCUGUUGAUUGGACGGUGCUGAACGUGGUACAAUCGAGCUUCGAUCCUGGAUUCGAAGCAUCGUAUCUGAGACCCGGCUGGAGCGACAGAUCAGCAUAUUACUAAAUAAAAUGUCCUGGUAGGCCAAUUGAUUAUAGUACGGGG